AUGACGCCAAAAAGGCCUUCGUUCCGAGAAUCCAUCUCGAAGGUGCUGUAUCUGCACGAAAAGUCGUCAGAAGACGAAUGUGAUCGUAUACCAUCGAAUGUGAAGAUCACCUGGUUUGAUCUGUCAUGUUACUUCUUCUCGAUCUUCACAUAUACACUUGAUAUCUUCAUGGACGUGUUUGUUGCUGUGUUUUACUUCAGAAAAGAGAAUGUAUGUGUUUUACUCUGUAAUUUGUUCGGUUACUGAAGCUUAUUUUGAAAAAAUAGUAUUUAUAAACAUUUUUACACAGUUUUAAGUACUUACUAUUGCUUUUUUAAUUAAAAACCCUUUUAGGUAAUAGCAGCAGCGUUAACAGCGACAUUCGUUUUUGUACCCUCUAUCAUCCUUAAUGUCAUAUCAUUUUUGUUUUUUAUUGAUGACGAAGCUCAAGACAAAGAAUCUGAUACUACAGAUGGUACAGUAGUUCACAAGUUUGUAUUUACCGAAAAUAUCAAAAUUUUGGGUAAAAAAAGCAAAUCCAAAGUAGGUAUUGAAGUAACUGACUCGGACCACAAAGUACAACAUAACGAGCGAGGAAGGAUGGCCAAAUGGGUGGUGGCUGUGUUGUUACAGGUAAGUUAUAGUUGUGUUUUUGUAAUAUUUUACAGUUUUGUCAACAGUUAAGCGGUGGUUAUGUAAUUGUAUAUCUUAAAAUACUAAUCAUAUAAAUGUUUACUAUCAGUAUUACUGUGCCGCACUUUUGAUACUGUACCACAAAGUCAAUUCCGAACUAUGUCUCAACGUAAAUAUUUUUAGGUUGGCCCAUUAUUAUGGUAUUUCAAAGCAGUAAGUCACGCGUUGCGUUGUUUCAAGUUGCAAAAGUUGCCGCGACGAGAGCGGCUUUACCAUCAACAUGAAUAUUACAGUAAGAUCGAGGCUGACAGAGAUGCUGGAGUGCUUAGGUUCUUUGAAGCUUGUCUUGAAGCCAUGCCUCAACUCUUGGUACAAGGUUACUUCUUGUCAAAGGAUUGGCAAUACUAUAAUCAUUCGGGUGUUGGUGACUUUCAUUGGCAAUGUAAGUGCUGUUAUAUUAGUGGAAGUUAAUAACAUUGCAUUAGUUUUUUGUUAUAAUACUGCUUUUUUGGAUAAAAAAAAUUAACAUUUAGUAUGAUUUUUAUAUUUCAGGGCGGAGCACAUCACUAAUCUUAUCAUUGAUCUCAAUUUCGUAUUCUUUCGUUUCUCAUCAUCGGGUACUUCGAAUUUCAUUACCUCAAAAACAAAACUUGAACCCUCAGGGCUGUUACAUGAUUGUAAGUUUGGUCUUUUUAUUUUACUAAAUUUUGGGACAAAGUUCGAAAUUUUGAUUGAAUUUUUGGUAAAAAGGUAUAAAUUAUGGACGCAGCUGAGAAAACUAUUUUGCAGGCUGCACAUUUCAAAGAGUAUAGUACUUUUCUGGUCCUCGCUUUGUUAAGUGAAAUCUUUUUUUAAAAUUUUAGCUUUAUAUCUUCGGUUUCAGUUUAUCUGGCGUAUCUUCACUAUAACGGCCCGCUUCAUAACACUAACUGUGAUUCUGGUAGUCAAUAACCUAGUCGGUCUUCUACUAGUCAUCUCCCAUCUCAUAAUAUCAACUAUUACCUUAUGUUUGGUGCAAAAGAUUGACACAAAAUCAAAAACACGAUACAUCAACCCGGUUAUGUUCAUCGUCAACUUGUGGAUCCAUAUCUUUGCUCCAUUUAAUAUGGCAGAAGGACCUUCAAGACUACGGUAUUGUAUUCAUUAUGGGUUAGAGAUCAUCGAAAGUAUGGUAGUCAUAGCCUUGUGCAACUUUUAUUACACUCCUGUCUUUCCGUAUGUUGAUCGGCUUCUUACUGUGAUGGGCGUAUGUUACAUAUCUGGUAUCAUUUCUAUGGUCGUAUAUCACACGUGUAUGCAUCCUAACUAUAAGACCAAGCUUGUCAUUCCACAUUUGACUAUAAGCAAAGUUUAA